UGUUCACGUUCACUGUUCACAUCACGCACCAGUCGUGACAAGUUGCUCCUCGCUCUUCAUCUUCUAUUUCACUGUAAUAUUCAUCUUCAAUACUCCGGAUUUCAAAUAAACCACAUCCUGUGAUAUAUUUUCCUCGCAGUACUACACAGAGGACUUGGAGAUUGAAAGCAGGUGGUCGAGGUAAUAGAAAACGAGUUGAAACAAUGCAGAGCAACGGAGCGGAAGGUGUGAGCGAAAAUGGAGUAGAUAGAACUGGUUGGACGGUUGGCCUGAUAAAUGGCAAGUUCAAGUAUUUAACUGCUGAAACAUUUGGGUUUAAAAUAAAUGGGAAUGGCUCGAGCUUGAAGAAAAAACAGCUUUGGACACUCGAAGGAAGUGAGCAUCAAGUUUUUUUGCGCUCUCACUUGGAUCGAUAUCUUGCUGUCGAUCAAUUUGGAAAUGUCACCUGCGAGGCUGAAGAUCCAUCUGAUCCUGGCUGCGCUUUUCAGAUUCAGCUUGCUUCUGAUGGAAGUGGUAGGUGGGCUUUGAAAAAUAUACAGCGGGGAUAUUUCUUGGGUUCUAGUCCAGAUGAACUCAAGUGUACAGCCAAGGCUCCAGGUGAGGCUGAAUAUUGGCUGGUGCAUCUCGCAGCUCGACCACAGGUGAAUCUACGAUCAGCUGGGCGCAAACGUUUUGCUCAUCUGAGCGCAACUCAGGACGAAAUUCAUGUUGACGCACCAGUACCUUGGGGUGAGGAUACACUAUUCACACUUGAAUUCCGUCCAGCAGCUAACGCUGACAAUGACACGGUUGGGCAUGGUAAAUCUGAAGGAGGUCAUUAUGCUCUUCACACCUGCAAUAACAAGUAUCUUGCUCGCGAUGGAAAAUUAUUUGACAGUUGUACUCGAGAGUGCCUCUAUGCCGCGGAAUUCCACGCUGGAUUGCUCGCACUGAGGGAUAUUCAUGGAGCCUAUUUGGCGCCGAUCGGUAGCAAAGCCGUUUUAAAAUCACGAUCAACAACUGUGACGCGAGACGAAUUGUUCUCGUUGGAGGAAUCCUUGCCACAAGCAUCAUUCGUUGCUGCACUCAAUCAGCGUUACGUCUCUGUUAAGCAAGGUGUCGAUGUUACUGCAAAUCAGGAUGAAAUAUCAGGUCAUGAGACAUUCCAAUUGGAGUUUGAUCGUGUGACAAAACGAUGGUAUGUCAGAACAAUGCAAGAUCGUUACUGGAGUUUAGAGGCUGGUGGUGGAAUUCAGGCUUCUGAUCACAAACGUUCGUCGAAUGCUCUAUUCGAUCUUGUCUGGCAGCCGGACGAUGGAACAGUUGCGCUCAGAGCGAAUAAUGGAAAAUUCCUCGCUACUAAACGCUCUGGGCAUUUGUACGCCAACGCUGAUUCACCGAUAUCUGGUGAUUCCGAUGCAUCGAAAUAUUACUUUUAUCUUAUGAAUCGGCCCAUCCUCGUUCUACGUUGUGAGCAAGGAUUUGUCGGGCCCAAAAGUGCUGCAAGCCCAAAACUCGAGUGCAAUAAAGCCGCAUACGAGACAAUUCGCGUAGAGCGUUGUGAACGUGGUAUUGUUCGUUUCAAGGGGCAAAAUGGUAAAUAUUGGAAUGCUGAUAAUGAGGGAGUGACUGUCGACGCGGAUCAACCGUCGGUUGGAUUUUAUUUGGAACUUCGUGAACCGUCUCGUAUAUGCAUCAAGUGCACUGAUGGCAGAUAUUUAACUGCUGGAAAAAAUGGAGCUCUCCGUUUGGGUGAAACAGCUUAUGAGGUGGCUACUAAGUGGGAAUUCUAAGGCUCUCGGAUUAUUCAAUUUAAUUUUUAUUCAACGCCUCUUUCUUUGCGGCAUAUAGUACUCUGAGAGACGGAGAGGGAGGGGAACAAUAAAUGUAGGGAUAAAGCAUAACUUUUACGCUACUAGCACUGAAUAUUAAUAGUACAUUGAUUAAGAUACGAUUUAUACUUUGAAGGAGCUAUAUAGUAUACCCUCAAUGAGUGUCGCAUAAAUCAUAAAAUCAUUUUCAAUUGUCUAAUCUGACUAUCCGCCGUCAAAUGUCAAGGGUCAACCGUCCAUCAGUCAUUAACAAUGGAUAGGGUGAGUCGUUUUGAACUACCUGAUUUUUCGUUUUUUAUCUAUUAUUUUUAUUCAACACGGUUAAACUGUCAUACUCUCAUUGGAUAUUUAGCUAUCUACGGAAUUAGUUAUAACUAUGAUAGUCAGGUCAGAUUAUUAAAUUGAAGGGAAUUUUCCUCAGAGAAAAAUCAUUCCAAUUUAAUUCCCCUUGUGAUUUUUCAUUUUUAUAUGACUGUAAACUUUUAUACCAAAAUCAUGAAAAUUUACAUGACAUUUUUUAAUAUAAAAUAAAGACCUAAAUAAUGAUGGAAAAUGAUUUUUAUAUUUCGAUGAUAUUUCCAAUUUGCUCAUGUUCGUUAUUACCAGAACAUUGAAUUAAUAUUUUCGAGUAGAAGUCAUCAUUUUAUCUAAUCGCUGUGGCUAAAUAUUGCGAGUUAUAUAUCAGCAAAUAUAGUGGAGGAAAGUGAACGUAUACGCAAAUUGUACAUUAUCCCUUUUUUCUUUUUAUAAUAAUAUUCAUAUUGUUAUCAUUUGGUUGAAGAUUUUUGGAAAAUCAAGUUUUACAUAAAUACACCGUGAAUUAAUCCAUGGGCGGGUUAAUAAUGGAAUGAUAAUAUAUACGGAAUAAUUUUAUUUUGUUUUUUAAUUUUAAUUAAUGGAAAUGGUCUCUUCGACCAUGAGAAGGUGAUAAUAAAAAUUCUCUAACUAUCA